AGCGGGCUCAAGGGAAGAAGCCUGUGACCCGUCCUCUGAUUCCAGCGGGCGGGAAACUGUCGAGCCGUUCGUCAUGAGCUUGUGCUGUGCUGACAUGAUGGCGACCAAAGUGGGUGCCGAGCACAAGCCCAUCAUCGUGCAGCAGCUGGUGGAGGACAAUCCCAUGGCCGCCGAGUUUUUGACGACCAUGUCGGGACAGCUCCAGAGCCUUCAGCAGGUCAUAGAACAAGUCACGGGGAAGAUCGUGAGCCUGCAGGAUCAGAUCAACUCCAAGUUAAGCGUGGCCGUUCCCAAGGAGGUGACGCAGGGAUCCCUAACCUCCGUUGACAAGACUUUGGAGGUCGCUGGGGACCUUGACAACCUCGCGGAGCGCUACUCAGCGGCUGGGGCCGGCAAGCAGAACAGUGAGCCCAGCGGGGAGGAUGAGAAGGAAGUAGGGCAAGCGCCGGUUGAGGAGGACCCGGAAAUUGUGGAGUUGCGAGAGCAGUUCCGGCGCUGCGACGUGUCCUCCAACGGCUGGGUGAGCGCGCAAGAGUUGGUGGCCUUCGCCUUCAGCCACGGGGAGCAGCUGCAGCUCAACAGCGUGGUCAAGCUCUGCACCUACCUCUCCGGGUCCACGCGGUCCUCCAAACGGUUCCAGCUGGACACCGUGAGUGAGGAGCAAAUGAAGAGGGAGCUGGACGUGAACGGCUUCCUCGCCUUGCGCGGGGAUCCGGGCCUCAUGGCGGGCAGUCCUCCGGAGAUUCUGGACACUGCGGCGGCUUUGAACAGGGCCUUGGACGAAGAGAAUCGCAUCUACAAGUUCGAGAACGACCAGGAUACCAUGAAGCGGCGUCAGCGCAUUGCUCUCUGCAGGACGUUUCUGGAUGUCGGAAUUGUCUUUGUCAUCUCCCUCAACGCUCUCUGCAUCGGAAUCAGUGCGGACCAGGACCCGGACAGCCAGUUUUGGGAGGUCUUGGAGCUGGUCUUCUUCGGUAUCUACACGCUGGAGUGCCUGGUGAAGCUUCUCCUCUUUGAUGGCUUUGGCUACUGGGUGGGCCCUGACUGGAGCUGGAACAUCUUCGACUUCACUUGCCUGAUGAUCUCGGCGGUUGAGCUGAGCGUGUCGUACAUUGGCCGGGCCAUGCAGGGAGGUGCAGGAGCUCGCUCCCAGCUGAGUCUUCUGAAGGUUUUGCGCCUGGCACGCCUGGCGCGCCUGGUGCGGGUGAUGCGCUUCAAAGCCUUCAAGGAGCUGAAGCUCAUGGCCUUGGGCCUCUUCUCGGGGCUGAAGGCGCUCUUCUGGGCGAUCGUCUUGCUGAUGGCAGUGGUGUUCACCAUGAGCGUUGUGACCCAGUCCUUCUUCAACGAGUGGACAGAGUUCAGCACCAUCCACAACUCCAUGUUCACUCUCUUCCGGUGCUUCACAGAGGCCUGCGAGACCUAUGAUGGGGACCCUUUGCCGGAGCAGCUCUUCCAAAGGUUUGGCCCCGCCUUCCACAUCCCCUACAUCAUUACUACCAUGCUGGUCACCGUGGGGCUCUUCAACCUGAUCAUGGCCGUGUUUAUCGACAACGUCACCAAGUCUCAGAACCAACGCAAGCAGAAGGAGCUUGGCGAGAGCGCGGAGAUGACGGAAUGUGCGCUGAAGAUGGUCCUCGCCAAGUUUAUCAACGAGCCCCGCGCAGGCCAGGACUCCAAGGACAUGCUGAAGCGGGUCUCUGAAGACGCUUUGAAGAAGCUGGCCUCCCUCACGGACGCGGGCCGCAGCCGCAACCAGGCAGAGCAGCGGCGCAUCGCCAACGAAGCCUUCAAGGUCUUGGAGGAAUGCCACAUCAACAUCACACGCGAGGUGUUCCAAGCCUGGCUCAAGGAUCCCGAGUUCGUCCGUGUGCUGGAGGAGGCAGAGGUGGAUAUCUCCAACAAGUUUGAGCUUUUCAACAUUUUGGACGUCGACUCUGGCGGCGAGCUGUCAGUGGAAGAAUUGUUGACCGGCUUGAUGGGUCUCCGUGGGGACGUCUCCAAGGGUGACGUGGUGUCAAUCCUGCUGAGGGUCCGGGACAUCUUGCAGCGUGUGGAGAGGAUCGAAACGAAGAUGUGAGUGCGGACGGGCGAACUUAGGUCAAGUUUCCAGGUGAGGAACCGUUGCGGAU